AUGCAUGUGUCCUUGUGGGGUGCCCUUGCAUUCUACAUUGUGACGCAGUCCAAGUACACGCUGCCGCAGUACAAGGGCUUGCGGACCGUUGUGUUCGUGGCGCUCGGUCUGAGUGGCAUUGCGCCGCUCGCGCACAGCUUGUACAUCUCCAAGAGCUGGCAUUUUGUCGCCGAGGUUCUGGGCGCCAAUGGUGCUGCCUACAUCUUCGGGGCGUGCCUCUACGUCGCGCACAUUCCCGAACGCUGGAGCCCCCGCACAUUCGACAUGGUCGGCGCGUCGCACCAGCUCUUCCACAUGUGUGUGCUCCUUGGUGCAUGGCUCCAUUGGGUCGCAGUGCACCGGGCGUACACGUUCUGGCACGCCGUGGAGACGGUCGCUGGCGAGCGCGGCCAGUCGGCCGUGUGCGCCGUGCUGCAUCGCAUGAUCCAUGCGUAG